CUCCAGACGAGCACAGUUUUUUUUCUCCCACAACUACCGUCGUAAGGACAAAGAGCAUCAUCUGCUCGUCCUGAAUUGGAGUAAAACAAAGGCAAGGCCUCGUGCAAAAGUAAGACUUUCGACUCCGUCGGAAGUUGUAGAUAAACCUCCUUUUGCAAGAACCCCACCUACAACCACAAGCAAAAAGAAUGCGGAAGUUCGUGAAAGUCACCGGCUCGGCCGCCACCCUUUCCGCGGGAGGCGCGUCCGCCGCGAAGAUGAAGAAGGCGAAGAAGUCUGCUGCGACUGGUUCUACGCACGCGUGGGAAGGAAGUGAAAACGCGGGGCCGACUGCCUUCGUCGAAAACUUGAAUUUCUGCCCCGACACGCGCACGUGCCAACGGUCAGAAAAUAUGCAUGGAAAGUAGUAUGCAGCUGUUUCAUUCGUACAAUGAAUACCAAAGCGGUAGCAAGCACGGUCGGCGACCGUAGUUAUUACAAGCACGCCCGGCGCGACGAUGAGUUUGAAUUUAGAUAGACUUUCGCGAAUGUUUUGCAGCUUUGACUUUCUGAGCAAGAAGCUGCCGGCACAAUAUAGUCGAGGACUCGAGUCACUCGAGAUUUGAGAUUCGAGCUUCCAGAUCUGAAGUUCCGAAUGCGAAAUGUCGACUGUGAAAUCUCCAUACCUGUUUUUCGUUUCAUCUCAAGUAAUCGGCUCCAAUUGAACCAGCUGAACAACUAGAGUCAGUUGGUCUAUGCAGCCGAAGGCCUCGAAAGUCAAUUACUAAUUAAACCAAUAGCACAGACAUUGCCCGUGUCCGUCGUGUGCUAAUGUAUAGUGCGUAGUUGUAUGUAUGCAACGAAAAUCAUACCGCGACGACCAAUAUCAAACACUGAAUUCGGUGUCGGUCUCGUGAUCCCAGCCUGGCGCGUUCUGUGAACUUUUAGCACGUCCGGGGCGUCGUGCUAGACAUUCAUAAUAUUUUGGCGAUAAAAUGGCGCGCCAUGCAUGCGGGGAUGGCCGGGCGCCCGUGCUUGCUACUAGCACUUCAUGUAGAUACAGUGAAUGCAACAGUUGGCGCUUUUCCUUCCAUAGACGACACUUAUUCGAAAAAGGCUCCCUCGACCCCUUCGCCGAAAAAGGCUCACUCGACCCCUUCGCCUUCCUCUUCCUUCUUGCAGUCCGCGGCUGGCGGAAGUUUUUUGGAAUAUUUACCAAAGCCGUGUAACGAAGUCCAGUGCGGUGACUUCGGGGAAGUGGAUUGCAACGAAAAUUUCAACACGGAAGGUUGCUGCGAGUGGGAGGCGGAGGCCACAUCUGCUCCCACAACCAACGCCGCCGCCGCUAUGAUUCCCUACAUGAACAGUCAAAAUGGGGUUGCGCGUUAA